AUGGAAGACCAGUUUACAGAGAAGAUUAAUCAGAUGAUGCGGAUUUUCUUUACAGUGAUCAAAAUGAGAAAUACACUGGUUUACACUUUUAGAUGGUAUUUUGGUAAGUUAAGACGUACAGAAGCAGAAAAAUUACUCUUACUCAGCGCUAACGAGCAUGGUUCAUUUCUGGUUCGCGAUUCUGAAAGUCGACAAAACGAUUUUUCAUUAUCAGUUCGCGAUGGCGAUACCGUUAAGCACUAUCGCAUUCGUCAGCUGGAUCAGGGAGGAUUUUACAUAGCCAGAAGAAAACCAUUUGCAACCUUAGCUGAAAUGAUUGCUUAUUAUGCGCGAGAACCAGAGGGUUUAUGCGUAACAUUACGGCGACCAUGUAUAAAGGUUGAUAUACCCCAGACAAGGACAUUCACGUAUGACGAUCAGUGGGAAAUAGAUCGUCGGUCAAUUCGCCUAAUUCGACAGAUUGGUGCUGGGCAGUUCGGUGAAGUAUUUAAAAAACUAAAAAGUGGUGCCGCUGAUCCAAACGACUUCCUGACUGAAGCACAAAUAAUGAAAAAACUUAGGCACCCUCGCCUACUACAACUUUAUGCUGUAUGCACAAAAGAUGAACCGAUCCUUAUUAUCACAGAGCUGAUGCAUCAAAAUCUUCUACAUUUUUUACAGGGUCGUGGACGAGGUUGUUCUGUCGCGCAGUUAGUCGAUAUUGCUGCUCAAAUUGCUUCUGGAAUGUGUUAUUUGGAAGAAAAAAAUUUUAUACAUAGAGAUUUAGCUGCACGUAAUAUUUUAAUGUCACAUUCAUUAUCUGUUAAGAUAGCUGAUUUUGGCUUGGCAAGAUUGAUGCGUGAAAAUGAAUACGAGGCCCGAGUUGGAGCUCGAUUUCCAAUUAAGUGGACAGCUCCUGAAGCAGCAAACUACAACCGAUUUACUAUUAAAUCUGACGUUUGGAGUUUUGGAAUACUUCUUACCGAACUUGUCACCUACGGCCGUCUUCCCUACCCCGGUAUGACAAACGCUGAAGUUCUUCAGCAAGUUGAAAACGGUUAUCGUAUGCCCUGCCCAAGCGGAUGUCCACAGGCGUUGUACGAAAUAAUGCUACAGUGUUGGCACAAGGAACCGGAAAAAAGACCCACUUUUGAAACAAUUCAGUGGAAACUUGAGGACCUUUUUGCUGCCGACCCAACCGAAUAUAAAGAAGCUUCUUUAAGCUAUUAA